GUCAUGUCUUAUAAGUUGAUGGCAACUGCCUUGGCUUUGACUACCGGCAUAUCUCAAGUUACUGGGCAGAUCUGUGCCCAGAAUGUCGUGACCACGCAUGCGGGCCUUACAUUUUAUCUCUAUGAUGAUUCAAUUCCUUCGAACAAUUUUAAGCCUCUUCAGCUUAGGCCUAGCAAGGACGGCCAAUAUAGCUAUGUCGCUCUAGACAACAGCUCUCCUCCGCUACUUGCCAACCUUGACAAUGGCGUCCUUGUCAGCGAGGGCCAAAACUCUGAUGGCACAAUCUUCGACUUCGGUCCCAAGGGAUUCUUACAAAACUACACAGAAAUCCCGCUUCUACACCCUACUAUUGUAGGACAGCUCGCUUUUGCCAACACCUCGUCAUUCCCAAACGCCUCAGACCCCAACUGGCUCCUAUCCCCCUCAAGUGGCACCAACACCUACAACCUCUGGCACCAGGAGCCCGUCAACACGCUCAACGGUAUGCAGAUCUGUGAGGCUGAUUUCGAUCUCAAUGAAGAUGGCACUCCGUGGUACUACUUCCAAUAUGUGGACUGGGUUACCUACUACCCUCCCAACUGCGAGUUUGUUGCAAUCUUGACCAACGUUAGUUCGACGGAUCAACCAACAUGUUAA